UGGACUUUCUUCAUUAUUGUUACCUUCCCGGAAGCUCUAUGUUCAGCAAGCAUAGUUUGUUGAAAAGAUAACAAUGGACAAUAAUAAUAACAGAAGAUUGAAAGAAGCUUCUUGUGUUGGGUCACGAGUGGGCCUGGCGAGAACAGUACUAUCUUCAACUAAUCUCGAAAUAAUAGAAAACUUAGAUCAUCUGAGAAGUUCCCGAGACAUCGGAGAGAAGGGGAGAGAGAGAGAAGAGGAAGCGAAAGAAUGGAGCGAGAGGGGGAGGAGGAGAAGAAGAAAGAGGGAUCGUACAGGUAUUGGGUGAGAGAAGCCACAUCAGACGCAGCUCCUCCUCCUCCUCUUCCUCAGAAGCUCACUAACAACGACGUCGUCGCUCCCAAUGCUCCUGCUCUCGGCUCGCUCUGGAACCAGGCGGGCACUUGGGAGGAGAAAAAUCUCACUAAAUGGGCCACUGAUAGAUUAAAGGAGCUGCUGCGAUCAGUGGGUUCUUUGCAGUUUUCUUCUGGAAAAGCUGAGAUUGUUGAUGUUAACAGAUGUGUUGGAGAUGCUUUCUUGGUGACAGUUCGGAACAAGAAAAGAGUUGGCUAUACUUACGAGCUUUCCCUCAAAGUCCAAGGAGAGUGGUCAUUUGAAGAGGAAACGAAGAAGGUGAAGGGGAGUCUCGACGUUCCUGAGUUCUCAUUUGGCGAGCUUGAUGAUCUUGAGGUGGAUGUGAAGGUUAGCGAUGACAAAGAGCUUUCCCAGCAACUGAAGCAGCGGAUUAGGCUGGAUUUGAAGCAGUUCCUGGAGCCUAUACGCCUGAAACUCGGCCAGUUCGAGCAGGAACUCAAAGAUCGAUAGUGGUUGGUUGUUCUCAUUGUCUUCUUCUUCUUUCCAUUUCAUAACAGCCAUUUUCAGUUAGGGUCGAGAACGUGGCCAGACAUAUAGUAUUACAUCUUACCAGUUCUUCUUUUGUAUUCAUGCUACAUCUGUUUACCAACACGUCUCCUUUGAUUGUUAGCUCAAUUCAUCGAUCAACAUUUAGUAUUUUACCUAA